UAUUUUCAGGUUCUCCAUCCAUUACAAAAUCACUAUUCAGAGAAGAACAAUGAUUAAAGUAAUAGUGUUAGCAGCACUGUUAGGGUCAGAGUGCGUCGUGGCUCAGUAUUCAGCGGCAGAGGCACAUUCAUUCAGCAAAAGACAGGCGACAGAUGACACUCUCGGGACAGCACCUGGGACCAUCGUUCCAGGCCCGGCCGACAGCGGCCCUGAUCAGACCCCGCAGUGUCCCAAGCCACCCGUAGUCCAGAACUUCCAGGCAGAACGGUAUCUGGGGCGGUGGUACGAGAUAGAGAGGUUCACGGCUCCGUUCCAGACUGGCAUUUGCGUUACCGCAGACUACGCUCUUCUCGGUAACUGUUCCAUCGGCGUCACCAAUACGCAAGUUCUGCCGAACGGCGUGGUCGACGUUGCUAGAGGCGUAGCACACUCAGCAGGCGAUCCCGGUAGCGCUUCUCUGACUGUUACAUUCCCAGACGAGGAGCGAACAAGAGGUCCAGUACAGACGCCACAAACCGAGGGAAACUACAAUGUUCUUGCGACGGACUACGAAAAUUACGCCGUAGUGUACAGUUGCUCUAUUGCGAACUUCCGUGGCCGAGACACGAAAUUCGAGUUUUCGUGGGUCUUAGCUCGCCAGCCUCGAGUGAACUCUGUGUUUCUGCGGCGCUUACAUGAAUGGCUCCAGAACCUUGGCGUGCCGGCAGAGCGCUACAUGCUGACUCGGCAAGUUGGAUGUCAGUACACCGCAUCAUGAUGGCUCGGCAGAGCGCGGCAUGAUGGACGAGCCUGACGCGCACAUGAGGGCGUGAAGGAAACGUUACUUUUUCGAUUAAGCUGGUAAAGAAUUUACGUAGUAAAUUUUUGCAUGCGUUGGCCAUUUUGAGAUGAAUGUUACUGCAGGCGGUAUUGUGUGUUUAUUGUUCAUUCUGGCAUAGGUGAAAAUAUUUUUUGGGAUUUUUAACAAUAGAGAUAAUAAAGAAUAAUAUAGUCAGCACAAAAGUGUUAAUAAAACGCUAAGUUUU